AUGUUGGUUGAGAUCCAAGCUCGAUCGGUGCUGUCGACGCCGACAGAAUCACGCAACGGCACAACCCCCCAGCGAACAGAAUGGGCGGUGCACAUUCAUGUAGCGGGAAAACAAGUCAGACGUGAUGUUUCACUGAAGGACCCUCUUACCCGAGGGCAACAUGGAGCUUGUCGUUGGUAUCUCGAGAAGUACCUGCAAACAUCUCCUUAUUCAGCCGACAUUGAGAAACAGGCCCGAAAACUGUUAGAAGAGUAUCCAAAACGACUCUGGCGGGAUCUCUGUCUUACGAAGGUGCUUUCAUUGUUUGAUAACACACACCAGGAAAGCCCGAGACUUUGCACGAUUCGUGUCACUGAAAGUGAGAAUGUAUCAAAAGAUUCUGGAAAUACCAUUUACCAGCUCUUUUGGGAGACUUUGGAGGAUAUCGAUGAAGGUGCCGCAUCUGGAUGGAAGUUCACUAUUGAGCGACAAUUUCUUCCAAUAGAAAGAUGUGGAUUUCCUCUAAGAGAACAAAUGAGAAAUACGAAAAGGAUCAACAUGCUCCUGGUUAUUGGAAGGGAUACGACCAGAAACUCGAAGAAGUACGAUGAUGUGAGCCCACUGUUGGCUUUCAAAGCAGUCAGCCAAGUCCAGAAAAGUCUCAAUUCAAGUGGAAGCCCCCUGCAAAUUCAUCUCGAGGUGGCUCGCCCCGGUACCUUUGCUUCAUUUGAAGGCCAUCUGCGGCGCACAAAGGAACAACAUGGGCCUGGAUACUUUCAAAUUGUACACUUUGAUCUGCAUGGGGCGGUGAAAACAUGGAGUCGAAAGGAUGGAAAGAAAACAAAAGCUGGCAUCCUCUACUUCACAUGUGGAGAAUCGAACAAAACCCGGCCGGUCCUCGCGUUAAAAGUAGCCGCUGUUCUCAGACAGUAUAAUAUUCCAUUGGUCAUACUGAAUGCUUGCAACUCAGCAACGGCAUAUUCCGGCGAAGAUGCCAAUAUCGCUGGUGUAUUGCAGAAGAAAGGAGGUGUCCGGAACGUCCUCGCUAUGUCAUUUAGGAUUUCCAGUGCAACAGCGGAACUUUUCCUGACCAGAUUCUACUUUUUCUUUCUUGUUGGUCGGCUAACGCUGUCUGCCUCCUCAAGAGAGGCACGGCGGUCUCUGCGGUUAAAUACCCUCCGCCCAGCGAGGUUCGGAUUAGAACGAGAGCUACUUGACGCCUUCGUCCCUGUUCUUUACGGCCCCGGGGAUAUUUGUGCACUCGCCGAGGAUGAGUCAUUAGGGGAAAGCUGUCUACAAUAUGACGUUCCAUAUCGCUCCGUUUCUCCAACACUCCAUUUACCGUCAAAUAUUGUGGGUCGGGAUUUCGACAUACUAAGAUUAGAGAAAGCCCUCUGUCAAGAUUCAGUAAUCUACCUACACGGACCAACAGGAGUUGGCAAAACUUCUCUUCUACAAUAUGCAUCCACCCUAUGGCAGCACACGCAUUGGGCAGAUGCGGUAGUCACAAUCGAUUUCGGCGCAGAAAAGAUAUCUUCUGCAGCUGACUUCGCAAAUGCCGCUUUGAAUCAGCUUCUCCAGGUAUAUGAUUCAGCGGCAAGAUCAGGACUAUGGAUAAUACCUUCCCUACGAACGCAAUCUCACGAUCUUGAAGCAGUCAAGGAUAUACUUCGUGAGAUCAUCAGUACCUGUAAAGUUGUCUUCAUCGUGGAUGGUCUCGAUAUACUUUCAUCUCCUUCUCAAGCCAUAGCUGAUACUUCCUGCUUUGACUCUGGAUACCUCGAUAUUUUUGAGUUGAUUAAAUCGAUUAUAAUACCUUCUACCUUGUGUAGCACUGAGAGAGGCAGUUGGUUGAUCGUGGCUGCUCGGCAUCCAAAUGUCGAAUGGAUAAGACAUGCAUUAGGGCCCACAAGCGAGCCCCGUUGCUUAAAACUGCAAGGGUUAGAUCUGGCAGACAGCAUGGAGUUGUCUCAAAAGGUUCUGAGUGAUGCAGGUGAAGAUGUCUCGAAAUGGGAUUACCAAGAUUUUGAUUGGCUUGUGGCAUGCAUUGGCCUUCUGCAGGGCAUUCCUCUCGCUAUCAAGGAAAUUUUGCCCAUUCAACAAAAGCUUUCUAUUCCAUGGCGAGAGUUCUACUCAGAAUUGCAUGGUGAGUUAUCGCCUUCACUAGGAGCUUUGGCAUUUAUUGAAUCGGAGUCCUACGCUGUCCUCAAGGAGAUUGUUCUUAUCUGUGAGACAUUUCCGCGCCAUGUGUUUGUGCUAUUAUCACUCCUGGGCAGCUACUGGGGUGAAAGUGCGUCAGUACAUUGCCUUUGGCGACUUUUCAUGGCUGCUACCAGAGAGGAAACUAAGGACGAGGAUCGGGUAUCGCCUGAACCGGAAGACUUUACAGCAUGGGUCGUACCCAUACUGUCAUUUGCUUUCCAUAGAGGAUACAUUUAUAGUGACUCAGGCUCCCACGCUACGUCCUUUCAAGUUCACCCACUGUUCACUAUUUAUGCCCGUACCUUGGUGCCUCAUAUGAACCCGCAUUUAAAGCAUCCCUGGAUGCGAGAGCUCAUUCUGAAGUCGAUCCAGCUAAAACAACUUGAAGAGCAGGGGUUUGCUGAUAGCUCAAAUGAAUCAUUCGCAGAAAGAGCAACAUUGAACGAUGAGGCAAACCUUCUUACAUCUAUCAGGCUAUGUCUCGAGCUCUCGCACAUAAUACCAGCAUUUGAAUGGCCAACACACGCUCUUUAUAUCUAUCUCUCUGACCACCGGUUGUCAAUAAAUCUGGCUGAUAGCUUUCUAGAUUUCCUAAAACUAUGUAUAGAGCCGUGCCAUAUUUCUGGAGAUAAGUGGCCCACGCCAGAAUUUUGCGUUCUGAUGAUCUCUCAUAUCUACCAAAGUCCCCAAUUAUGUUUCUGGCUUCGUGGGCGGUGCCAAGAGGUCACGCAUCUUCUUUUGGAUAUCAUGAAGAUUCUGGACGAAUAUCAUGAAAAAGAUCCAAGUCUGCAGACUAUGCUAGACAAGGCAAUCUUAUUCGUGAUUCUGUUUCAAUAUCAAAGCGCCUUUGACCCUGAUAUCAGCACUAUCGAUUCCACUUCAAAGGCUGAAGUCAUCCUUAACGACAUUACCGUAUAUCGACAGACCAAGGAUCUACCGGAGGAAGACCUGAGACAAGGACUCGACAUGAUCAUCCGCACCAUCGAAGACAUCAAAAGUCCCAAAUCUAGCUCACCACCAGAGGAAAUUAUCGGCAUGCCUCGUUGGCAGGCAAUUUUUGCGGGAAUACUGGAUAGAUACGCAGAUACCGAGCUUGAACAAUCCUCUAGCUUCUCGCUCGUCGAUCUCGAGUUGGACGUGCCUGAAAAAGAUGAUGCUCUUUUCAUGUUUCUCCAAAACCUAGAAGAAGCAAACGAUACAGGUGACUGGCUCGACUCAGUUCACUAUCAUAGAUCGCUCUUAGAGGGUGCAAUAGCCAACUUUUCCUACGACGAGGCUGGUCAGCAUCUAUUGGCUAUCCAUCGCAUCUGGAAGACUGCCGGCUGUGAGAAUCCGCUCCCAGAUUUCGACAGGGUGAACAAGGAGAUCGAUCAUCUUCGAGCUCAGUUUCAGUUUUUACUAAGCACCUUUCCAUCAUCAGAAGGCAAACGUCUAAGAGACGGCAUACGAGCACAAAAGGAGUUGAUAUCUGCGAUGGCUGACAUAACUCCUCUGCUUUCUUUUGUUGGCAAUUAUCAAUUGGAUAAGAUUGCCGCAGAGCAAGGCAGCGGUGGUUAUUUACCAGGUCUCUCUCGGGAAGAGAUGAUCAGACUCGUCAGAAAGCACAUAAAAAAUAUUACUUGUGCAGAGAUGGUGGCUGAGGUGGAGAAUUUCCUCGAGAUCUGGAUGCUAGCCAGGCAGGCGAUGGCUGAAACUCAAUACAGGUCUUGCUUGAAGCAUUUGGAUUGCAUAGAAAAGAUGCUUGAGAAAAGCCAAUACUUACGCGAUUGCUUCGACGUAGUCGAACAGAUCACAACCAUUCGCCAGAAAUGCCACGAGGGGCAGUCUUGGGUCGAUCAACUCCAUGCUCACGUCGAUGCUGUAUUAACUGGGGAUUUCGAUCGCGCUCGUUCUAUCCUUGACGGAAUCUCGGACCCUGACCUAAGGUCCCCUGAGAGUUUCCCCGCGUUGUAUCAUGCUCUCGAACUGGAACAUCUGGCAAGAGAGCUAAUGGACGCGAGAAAGCUCCAAGACUUUUCGAGGGUCAGAGAGUUGCACUCCAAAUAUACUAGCAUCUGGUAUGACCCGAAGAAUAAGCUUUUGUACAUCGAAGAAAUACAAGAUGCGAUCGCGGAGAACCUGGAGUGGCUGCUCCAACGAUCUCGCGACGGGAAGCAGUGGCAAGUGGGCAUCGAGCUUUGUGAGGAGGGUUUGCAAUCCUGUGACGCCCGAGAUGAGGAGACUUCUUUCGAGCGCGCACAAUUAUGCAAAUGGAGGGAAGAUUUUGAAGUGGGACUUGUUUUGGAGUCGCUUGAUACAGCAGAAGCUGCGGAGGAUUUAAGUGCAUGUCUUGAAUUAUUCAAUAGUCUCGCAAGGAUCCGCUCAAACCAGACGCAAACCAUCGUUAUAGGUCGCAGGGACUACAUAAUGCUGAGCGACAAACAGAUGGAAUUCCUGAGGUGGUGCUAUGAAGAUGGAUGCAUACCCUGCGCAAGGUGGUGUCGCUGCCGUGAGAUCCAGCCCUGUACGUUUGAAGAGCAGAAAUAUCAGCAGUAUCAGAAGAAACGGCAUGAUCGGUCGCUUUUUCGUGCACCGUUCGGCUGUCCGCAUCGUUCCCAGUGCGUGGAGGGCUUUUGCUUUCUAGGUUAUUAG